AUGAAAUGGAACAAGGUCAACCAACCUCAACAAACUCAACUAGGCUGCUUACUUAUCUGGACUAAGUUCUAUAAUGUCCCACCUAAUUACUGGACUGCAAAGGGGCUAAGCCACAUUGCAAGCAUUGUUGGAGAGCCUUUAUAUGCUGAUGAAGCUACAGAAUCAAGGAUCAAGCUGAAGUUUGCUCAAAUUUGUACUAACAUAGACCUCAGCAAGCCUAUCAAACAGGAUGUUCAACUCAGAAUGAAUGAUCUGUCCUUGGUGGAAAUUAGAAUUGAAUACCAAUGGUUGCCAAAAAUUUGCUCCAAAUGUAAGGCACUCAACCAUUCAGAAGCCAACUGUCCUCUUACCUAUAUCAAUCAUCCCCAUAGGAAGGGUGUUGUCAGCAACGAUCAAGACCUUCUUCCCCCAAAAACAAGGAUCACAGCCCUAUAA